AUGAUGAAGAUUCCCGAGAAUGACUUGAGCAGUGAGACGAAGUGGGCCGACAUUGAAGCCGACGACGACUACGAUAAUGAGAAUUUAAACGUCCAACACCUCAAAGAAUUUGAAAUCGCCACAGACUCACAAGGCAUUAAAUCACUCGUCUCCUACUCACGAAACAGCCGCGGACACUCCGUUAAAAUAACGAAGCGUGUGAAGGAGAUAAGGGUGAGUAAGAGGAUUCACAAAUCGGUGUUUGAGCGGAAGAAUUUAGUGCCGUUUAACCUGACUGACGAGAACGACACCGGCUCCAGCUUCGUCUCCAACGAAGAAAUCAUCAUCGAACUCUCACGCAAUGAACGCAGACUCAAUCAAGACGAUGACUCAGAUCUUAUCUACUCACCUGUGGACGCGAAUUUUUUGAAGUUGUCGAGGGACUUGAAGUUAAAGUUUAAGAGCCUGAAAGAGGAGGAUAACGUGCCUGAGGAAGUUGAAGAGGAAGCACCCGCCAAAUACGUCCCUCCAUCACGCAAAGAAGGAGGAGAACGAAGAUCUUUCGAUGACAACACGAUACGUAUAACGAAUUUGAGUGAGGACAUAAGAGAGAAGGAUUUAACGGAGCUAUUCGGCAGAGUCGGACGCAUUCACAGAGCCUAUCUCGCCAAAUACAAGGAGACACAGAACCCGAAGGGUUUUGCGUUUGUGACGUAUGUGAAUAAGGAGGAUGCGAGGGAAGCGAUUAACAAGUUUAACCGCUGGGGAUACAACAACCUUUUACUCAACGUUGAGUGGGCUAGACCGUCCAAAGACAAGUGA